AUUUCUGGGUGCCUGCGUAUCAAGCGUUACGCAGCCGGACUAUCAAAUACUCGAUGUUUAUAAAAAUUUUCAUCCUCGUCUCAGUCUCUCCAUCAGACUCCAAAAUCCAACAGUCUUUUUGAAUUCGAUCUCUUCCCAGCCUUCCCUCUCUCUCUCUCUUCCAUGGAAGAAUCAGAGCCUUCAUCCAACGCCUCCCAAACAUCGAGGGUCAAGAUAGCUGGAGCCUGGUCUGGCAUCCUAGAAGUCCAAUUACAAUCCUGGACACUCCCGAUGCUUCGGCAAGCGAUUGCAGACCGAUCGAACUGCGGCCCCGACUGCAUCAAUCUCAUCUGUGGCGGAAAGAUCCUAAAGGAUGGAGAUGUGACUCAGUACUUGGUCGAAUUGGGCCUCAAGAACAAUUCCAAGAUCCUGGCCAGUCGUGUCGCCGCUGAUCAUGGAAAGGCGUUGAAGGACGAGCUGAUGGCGGAGGCCGAGCGCUCCCGCAGGCUUGCGAGGAUCAGGGCUGCUGCUGAUGCGCUGGCCAAGAGGCAUGUAGAUGGUUCACUACCAGUGGAAGAUUUCAAUAUAGAGCUUGAAGAUCAGAGUGGGCAGAAAGUACAGUUGGGAUCUGAGAAUGAUCAGCGGGGAGUGAUGAUGGGUUUGAUGCUUCAUGCAAAUGCUAAACAGCUGAUAAAGAAACAAAAGUAUAAGGAUGCAUUGGAUGUUCUUGCCAUGGGAGAGGAGGCUUUCUCUCUCUGUGAUCCCAAGGUUAUUGAGAUGAUUGACAAUGUGCCGAUACUUCAAAUAGACACGGUAUGGUGUUAUUUCAUGCUCCGGGACAUCUCAUGGCUAUCGAUGGCAGGAUUUCGCCUUGCCAAAGCUAGAGAAGGAAUUGAGCGAUCUCAUGGGAAGGACUCCAACCGUGUUAGACUCCUCCAAGCAGGUCGCCAUCCGGAACUGGCCAUAUACUUGAGAUUGGAGCUCUUGGAAGGGGUGGUGGCUUACCAUAGUGGUCUUUUUGAACAAUCCCAAAAAGCAUUGACUUCUGCGCAAGCCAAAUAUCUUCAGCUUCAAGUGCCAGAUGAAGCCUUAUCACUGCUUAUGAGCAUGGGCUACGAGGAAGGAGAAGCAAAAAGGGCAUUAAGAAUGAGCAAUCAAGAUAUUGAAGCUGCAGCCAAUUUUCUAGUUGAGGAAAGGGAAAAGAAAGCCCAAAGACAUCAGGACGAUAUGCGGCGAAAAAAAGAGAUCAUGGAACAGAAGAAAUAUGGAAUGACUCCCUUGAAGAGGGCUGUCGAUCUCCAAAGACUGAAAGAAUUGAUCUCCAUAGGUUUUGAGAAGUUCCUUGCUGCAGAAGCCCUUCGAAGGAAUGAAAAUGACACACAAAAGGCUUUGGAUGAUUUGACAAACCCAGCAACCAAUGCUUCACUGCAGCUUUAUGUUGAGUCAAAGAAGCGAAAGAGGCUGAGGCAAGCAGCAGAUGCUGAUAUAGAAGAGCUUGUAUCAAUGGGAUUUGAAAGAUCUAAAGUGAUUGCUGCCUUGGGUGCUUCUGACACAAAGGAGCAGGCGUUGACUUUCCUUAUCACGGACCGAAUACCAGAGCCCACAGCUGAAGUCAACAAUGGUGGCGUGAGUUCUGGUGCCGCAUUGGACAACAAUGUGGAUCCUGUUAUUUCGCCGGUUGAUGAUCCAGUGGGCGGCCCAUCAAGCAGCAGAGAUGCUGAAAUGGAAGAUGAAAUUGCACAGGAACUGACAGGAGAUCCCUUAUCAGACUACGAUAUCGAAGUUACAAAAGAAGGAGAGGCCAUCACAGAGUACUUGGCUCUCCUAUUUUCUACAGCUAACAUGAAUGAUGCCAUCAAGAUGGCUUAAACUGAACCCCGAUAAAAGAAGCAGCUGUAGCUAAAAAAAAUUGGGUUCUGCAUAUGCACGGAUACCAGCAAGAAGUUGUAAGUAUGACCUACAAACUGUCUGUAAAUAAAAGGCUUAGGGUUAGGGGUUCCAUAAUUCCACAUGCUGAUCUGGGUCAUAAGAUAAUGUAACUUGAAUGGCUAUGAUUAUAUUUAUUAGCUCAUCUUAGUCUAUUUUUGCA